AUGAGCAAUGGAUUCAUUUUUGGACAGAUGUUUAUGAUUCCUCCGAUCACCAGAUGCAUGAUACUUGCAAUAGGAAUAGUAAACCUGCUAGUUUGCCUGGAGGUGAUUUCACCAUACAGCCUUUACUACUCUCCAUUGUUUCUAAAGAAGUUUGAGGUUUGGAGGGUGGUCACGCCAUUUAUGUAUUUUGGAAGGCCAACACUUGAUGUGUUUAUGCACAUAAUCUUUCUGUACCGCUACUCUUGUAUGCUUGAGAGUGGAUGCCGAGGAAUUUCCGAGUAUUUCUGGCUGAUAGCUGUAAUAUCUGGUGCGUUGUUUGCUAUUUCAAACAUCUACAGGAUUCCGAUGCUUGGAGCUUCUUUUUCGGCAACAAUAACAUAUAUCUGGACCAAGAGGAAUCCACGGGCAAUGGUGCAGAUAUUUGGGUUUAUUUCUUUCCCAGCAUUCUACUUGCCGUUUAUUCUGCCUGGGUUUACAUUAAUCUCCAGAAAGUCUGUCUCGAUAGACGAUGUUCUUGGAAUAUUUGUUGGGCACCUGUUCUAUUAUUUUAAGGAUGUGUAUCCUAGAUGGGGUAAGGAUGUGCUCCGGACUCCGUGCUUUAUAAAGAGGCUUUUUGAUGAGCAUCCAAAGGAGUGCUGUAAAUCCAGGAGGGGGACCACUAUAAAAGAAGGACGGAUAAGAGCAGAAAAAAUGAAGAAUAGUACGAGUGAAUUGAAAGGUAAGCCUAUAGACGAUGCAAAUGGUAUAAAGGCGGUAAGUAUAUCGCAUGAAGAGACCACAGCCAACAACAUAGUGCUAGACAAAACGGCCGGCAUUAUAAAUGCUGAAACAGCAAUUACGCAAGGAGUUCAGAGUGAUGCGGUUGAAUCUAUAGCUUCAACACCAUUAAUAAAAACUGUAGAUAGUGAAGAGGAUGGAUUGGUAGCAUCCACAGAAGCGGCUUUGGACAUAGAUCCAAACGGAAGCAAGCCUGCUUUAAAUGAGCCGUCAAACUCCAAAGAAGAGUCUGAGGAUGGCUGGGAUGACAAGUGGGGAAUGGAAAGCAAUGAGGAAAGCAGCAAGUAG